AUGUCGAAACCUGACCUCAAGCACCCGUUCAUCCGGGAUUUGAAGAGGGGGCCCGCCCAGGAUCGCUUCAAGCAGGUCCUGAAAUGCCCGUUUGGGCAGCACCAUUGCUGGUCCAAACGGGAGUUUCAGACAUUGCACUGCUACGAGCAACUCUCUGCCGCCGUCACCAACCGCCCAUGGCGCCGUCUGCUCUCCAUCUGCGAGAAGGUUUACUAUGAGCUUGUGCUUGAGUUCUACACGACCUUCAAGCACACACCCACGGACGAUUGGAGAGACGGUGCAGCCGUCAAAUUCAGGCUAGGCGGUGCCCCACGGUCCUGGAGCUACCACGAGCUGGCCGAGGCUCUCGACCUCGACCUCGACGACGGUCUGGACUACGUCACCGAGGUCAGCGACCCGCCGGAGGUGGACUUCAGGAGGCUGUACACCCGCCUGGCUCGGCCAGGCCAGACACGUCCCUUUUCGGCCGGGAGGACGAAGACAACUACACUGCAGCUCGAAAACCGCCUUCUCCACCACCUGCUGGCGAAGUCUUAUACUCCAGCUUCAGACAGUGCCAGCGCCAUCACUAGGAGGGCCCUGUACCUCCUCCAGUCGAUCCGCCAGGACGACCAUCCCCUCCACUUGGGUUCGGUGGUGGCCAGGACCUUCGAGAAGACUGCUUCAGAACUGAAGAGUAUCCACUGCACCCCCCUCAUCACCCGCCUGGCCACCUACUUCGGCCUUUCCCUGCAGGGGUGCACACAGCAGGGGGACACCAUCGUUUUUGGCAGGUCCACGAUCAGUCACAUGCACCUGCUGCGACAGAACCGCGGCAUUCUAUGGAUCGAGGGGUUUCCGGAAACUCAGAUCCCUGCGGAGGACCAGCAGGAGGACCAGCCAGAGGGCCAGGGGGAUGAGGCUGCUGCUCAUGUGGAGCCCGAGGAUGUGGACGCUACUGUUGAUCCACCACAGACUCACUUCCCUUACGGAGGUGGCAGCUCCGCUUUCCCGGGCUAG